GACACAUGACUCUCGGUUGCUUAUUAAUCAAUUUUCGAACUCUCGUGAUUUCACACGAGAUCGUCCUCUUUCCGUGGCAGCCAAAAUGCCCAAAGCCAAGAAAGCUCCGAGGGGUAAGAAGGUGGCUCCGGCCCCUUACGCAGCUCGCCAAGCUGCCCCCAAGAAGGUUGUCAACCCCCUUUUUGAGAAGCGUCCCAAGAACUUUGGCAUCGGUCAAGGCAUCCAGCCUAAGCGUGACUUGUCCCGCUUUGUCAAGUGGCCCAAGUAUGUCCGUCUGCAACGUCAGCGUGCCAUCCUCUUCAAGCGUCUGAAGGUUCCACCAUCCAUCAACCAGUUCAACCAGACCUUGGACCGUCAGACAGCCACCCAGCUGUUCCGUCUGAUGAACAAGUACCGCCCCGAGACCAAGCAGGAUAAGAAGCAACGCCUGCGAGCUCGUGCUGCCCUGCGUGCUGAGGGCAAAGAAGAUGUCCCAACUCGCCGCCCCAACAUCGUCAGGUCCGGGGUGAACACAGUGACUUCACUAGUUGAGUCCAAGAAGGCUCAGCUGGUCAUGAUCGCCCAUGAUGUUGAUCCUAUUGAGGUGGUGAUGUUCCUUCCAGCUCUGUGCCGCAAAAUGGAAGUGCCCUACUGCAUCAUUAAGGGAAAGGCACGACUUGGAGCCGUCGUUCAUCGCAAGACCGCAACGUGCUUGGCAUUCAGCAAUGUCAACAGCGAGGACAAGGGUUCUCUGGCCAAGAUCAUUGAAGCAGUCAAGACCAACUACAAUGACAGAUACGAGGAGAUCCGUCGUCAUUGGGGUGGUGGACAGCUCGGCAGCAAGAGCAACGACAGAAUUCGCAAGCUGGAGAAGAUCAAGGCAAAGGAGCUGGCAAGCCGGACAUAAACUUUAAGAAACACACAUUGAGCGCUAUUAAAACCAUACACCAAUUCGCCAACAAUAUUUUGGAAUUCUUCAUGCCUUCAUCCUUGGAAUGUCAAGGCUGUUUUUUUACAUUGGCCGCCAACUCUCAACCUUUGACAAGUGUUCACGAGAACGAGUGUAAAAUAAAACCAAGAGGUAGUGGAAGUAAAUAAAAACAAAACAGUUACCUGUGGAAACAGUGGA